AUGGCAAGUUCACUAGAGCUAAUCCGCUACCAACCGGUACUACAAGACCGUCGAAAUACCUCUGGCACAGACGAACCCAAUGUAAUCGAUCCAAUGGUAGAGGAACUUCGCAUGUCACCCCUUGUUUGGUGGAAUGUAAAGCAGCACAUUGAGCCACAGCAACAGGUUCAACGUGGCUACGCGGUAUUAGGCCAUGUUCCAGAGGCUGACAAUAGCCCACAAGACGAUGCAUCCGUCCCUAAUGGCGCAACGCGAACUCCAGUUCUGCUGAAUACCGAUUCACCUUGGUCUGCCUUCCUCUGUGGUUCUCAAGGUUCUGGAAAAUCGCACACUCUGUCGUGUAUGCUCGAAAAUUGUCUUUUAACCGACGAAACGAUCCUUCCUCGAGUUGGAUUGAAUCCUCAUCCACUUGCCGGACUGGUGUUUCACUACGAUAGGUGCCAGGGCAGCGGAGUUUGUGAGGCCGCCUAUCUCUGCACCAGUGUUCCGACCACUGUUCUUACAAUACUCAUGAUCCUCCGCAAAAUGGCUAUCGAGUCACAAGGCCUUGGUGCCUUCGACUACAACACAUUCAGGGACGAGUUAUCGGCUACCAAGUUUGCUAGCGGCCAGGAUGGUCCUAUGAAACUCCGCCUCGACCUGCUGGAAUCAUUCAUGAAACGUUGCAAGUACAGCUCUAGUAUUCUGGCGAAUAACGAAAACGACUUCCUGGCUGGCACUGCAGGGUCUCUCACCAUUGUAGACCUGACUGAUCCUGUCAUCGACGCUGAUUCUGCCUGCGUGCUCUUCGACAUAUGCCUCUCGGUAUUCAUUCAGCAGACACAGUGCGGAAAGAUUGUCGCCUUAGAUGAAGCUCACAACUACAUGGCGGAAGGCAGCGGUGCAGCUAAAGCCUUCACAGAGAAGCUGUUGCGGACAGUGCGCGAGCAGCGACAUCAAGCCGUCAGGGUUGUUAUUGCAACUCAGGAACCUAGCAUCAACACGCAGCUGUUAGACCUGUGCAGCAUCACGAUGGUGCACAGAUGCACAAGUCCCGCAUGGUUCAACGUGCUCAAGCAACAUGUUGCCGCUCUUUACUUGAACUUGCCGACGUCUUCCCAGGCUGGCGUAGGUAGCGAUGAGAAGUCAGAAGUUUCUGAGGAUGAUAGAGCAUUGUUCCAUAAGAUUGUCCGGCUAAAGCUUGGAGAAAGUCUGCUAUUCUGCCCAUCAGCUGUGGUUAAGGUUGUUGGAGAAGGAAUUGAAAGGAUAGAAGGGAGCUAUGUAAGAUUUAAGACGAGACAAAGGGUCACAGCGGAUGGGGGGAAGAGUAAGCUUGCUGCUGAAGGAACCCAAGGAACAGGCCCGAUGGACGCCACUGUGGAGAGCGGCCUGGAGAGAGUACGAGGCGGGGAUUUAGUUGUUAGCGGAACAGGACGGGGACAAGGCCCUCGUCGCGGGAGGCGGGUAUUGCAUCGGGGUGGGCUCUAA